AUAGCAACAACAACAAAAACCAAUUGCAUCUGCCGCAGGUUUCCGCGGAUUAGAGGACCAUCUGGAGAAGUCGCGACUAUGUGGAAGGAAUGAGCGACACGGACACGGACGACACUGAUCUUCUGCUGCUGAUACCGCCCAACUACUACAGGGACACCGCCGAGCGGCUGUUGCAGGAGGUGAAGAUGAUGAGCGCAGGCGCGGCAGCGUCGGCGGACGCACUGGCCAUGCCACCACCCCCGGCACCAACCACUGCGGCAUACCAGUUUCUCCAUCCCAGCAAGAAAACGGAGCUAAAUCAUAUUAAUGCCAGGCUCCAGAACAUCGGAAUGGCCGAGGCAGAGGAUGAUCGGCAUUUCGAGGCGUCCGAUAUAUCUACAAUAUCCACGAACACGGUGAGGACAGCUUCGGGAAGGCAGCAUGGCGGCAGGGUGCUGCACGGGAUGGUGCACUCCACGCCCAAGAGCGGAUCUGUGGAACCGCCAGUCAGGCACCGGCAGCGGUCUUCGGAGGAUAAUAUCCUCCUGGAGAUCGAUCAAUAUCUGGAUGAGAACAUAGGGAAUCACUGGCAGCGCCAGGAUCACCACAUUCAUCACCACAGUGAUGAACAGCUGCGAAAAGAGCGGACGCUGGUGCAAGAUGUCCAGCCAGCGGCUACCUCCCUGCCCAGUAUGCGGCUGACGUCCUCUGCCUCCGGAUCUUCCGUGGAUCCGGCCAGAUGCAUUCGCAACAGUCAUGGCCCAACCGAUAACAAACUCAUCAGCCUGAGCGAACUUUGGGGCAAAAACAGCUUCGCGGGAAGUGUCCUGGACAACAACAACUCGCCCCAUCGAAUGCUGAGCACUCAGUCCCUUAAGGAGGAGCAAUUGCGACGACAGCACCUGGAGAAGACUGUCCAUACGCUGCAAUCGCAACUGCUAGAAUACCAACAGCGCAUAUCUGUGGCCAUCGAAGUCGAUCGCUCCAAGGAUGCGGCUCUGAACGGAGCUGAGCAAACAGCUAAGGCUCUCAACUAUGAGGUUCAGCAACUGCGGGACCGGAUCCACCAGUUGGAAGCGGACCGAGGCGAAUCUCAUGGCAAAAUUGAUAAUCUACAGCACGAGUUGGCGCAGGCAGUCAACUUGGCAACCAAGUUUCAAGAGAAGAACGAGAAACUGGAGACUGAAAUGGACCAGCAAAGGCGCGAGUCCAAGCAAUGGGAUGACAGGUUGGAACAGUUGGAAAUCCAGUUGCACAGCAGCAGGAGGGCCGAGGAACUAUCGCACGCUGAGCUGAACAAGCUAAGGGAUAAGUUCGCCAAAGUGGAUUAUCAGCAGGAGAAGCUUAAAGCCCGUAUCGAUGAGCUGGAGAAAGACAAGAGUACCUUAACACAUCAAAAGGAGAUGCUGCAGGAAUAUCAUCAAAAGCAAAAAGAUCGAGCUGAUGCCUUGGAAACGCAGCGGAAAUCCCUGCAGGAGACCUUGGCCAAUCUAACAGAGACUGAGACCAACCUUAAGAAGAAACUGGAUAUCCAGCAAAAAUCUCUUAAGCAGUAUUACCAACAGCAAAUGGAGAAUGUGGUGUCCAAGAAGAUGCGAGAAUUUCAAGAUCAGUUGGACAAAACCGAAGAACAUCUUAAGAAUGAGGCUCGCGAGCGUGAAAGACUGAUAGCCGAACGGGCGGUGAAGCAGCUGGAAAUGAUAAAUGAGAAGAACAAUCAGGAACUAAAUCUUAUUCAGGAAAAGCACAGCGAAGAGGUUGAGUUAUAUCGCCUGCAGCUUGCCAAUGCCUCUAAAAAGAUCGAAGAGAUGGAACUAAAGCUCGGAUGUUACAAGACCAAACGUGCUGACAUAGCAGAGAAGCUGCAUGGCGUGAUGGAGGCCCAAUGGCAGCAGGCUCUGGCUAUUCUCACCUCCCCCAGUAAAAACUCUCAUAACCACACCUGCGGCGACACCACGGAUGGCGAGUCGCCUGAAUUGAACAAUGCCCGCGUCGUUUAUCCCGAAACGCCCAAGACAAGCAAGUCGCAACGAAGCAAUAACACGGAGAAGAACAACCUGGAUGUGGUGGGCAAACGAGAUCCACCCUCGCCCAUGGACAAGUUGCAGGCUUAUAUAGAGCUGCUCCUAAGCAAGUCUCCCAGUGAUUUCGACAAACUCGAUGAGAUCUUGUCUCUGACAGCCAAACAGGGCAGUAAACAAGGCAAACCAAAGAGCGCGAGUGGGAACAGCAAGCUUCUACCGCCCUGGAAGUGCUGACAUCAGGGGAGGCUAACCUAUAUAUAUAGCUAUAUAUAUAUGAUUAUAUUUAGUAAUACUUAUAAUUAAUUUUAUAAUAAUAAUUACGAUACAUAUCGUAGUUGUAAAUGCGC